GCAGAAAGGAGAAUCUGAUGUUGGACCUGUUGUAAGAGUACCAGUCUUUAGGAAGGCGUGUAUUGAGAAAUUGCGUUAGAAAGUUGUUCAGCGUUGCGAUAGAAAGUUUUUGCAGAAAAUUGUUGAGCUUUGCAAGAAUUUACAUUCAAUCACAAUUUAAAGAAGUUUGAGCCAGCACCGAAAGUAUCUCCUGUCUUACUCCUAUUCCAUCGAAGAAAUUACCUAAAGCAAAAAUUUUCAGGUUUUAUAAAUACAGCAACAAUGGCAGAUCAGCAAGCUACUGGAAAGGCACGAAGUCGUGCUCGGGGUAGAGCCCGGGGACAGCAAGAGGGUCAGACUGUGAGGCGCCCUGGAGAGCAAGCCCAGGCUCGCCCUCCCCCUGGCUUUCAACAACAGCCACAAGGUGGAAGACCUGCUCAGGCUGCUCCUCAAGCACAGCGACAACAGCAGGUGGGUCCAGCACUGAGCAGUGGCAGAGCACUACAUCGUGUUAGUUCCCGUGGGGACUUACAGCCAGGAGAUGACAGUCUGGCUGCAAGAAUGGGUCAGAUGUCAGUUGGUGGAGGUGCUGGUGACCUUGCGAGUGGAAAUGGGGCACCAGUGGGUCGUGGUGCCAUGCGAGGACGUCGUCAAGUAAAUGUUGAUAUUGUGCGUACUCGGCCAGUGAACUUGAACUCCAAGCAAGGUACAUCGGGUCGUCAAGUGACUCUAAAGGCCAAUUACUUCAGGUUGGAGACUCACACAAAUUGGUGUUUGUACCAAUAUCGUGUGGAUUUUGCACCUGAAGAGGACAGAACAGUGGUACGCAAAGGGUUAUUACGCAACCACAAACCUGUCCUAGGUGGUUAUAUAUUUGAUGGCACCAUGAUGUUCACUAGUCAUCGCCUUAAUCCAGAUCCAAUGGAAUUAUUUUCUACACGGGAAUCAGAUAAAACACCAAUUCGCAUCACGGUGCGUCUUGUUGGAGAUCUCACAGAGGGUGAUUACCACUACAUCCAGUUUUUCAACAUUCUCAUGCGGAAGGCUCUUGGUUAUUUGCAGCUGCAGCUGGUAGGCCGCAACUUCUUUGAUGCAUUGGCAAAGAUUGUUGUGCCAAAAUACAACUUGGAGCUUUGGCCUGGCUAUCUGACUUCAAUCCGUCAGCAUGAGACUAACAUACUGAUGUGCUCUGAGAUCACACACAAGGUAAUGCGACAGGAUACUGUACUGGAGUUGCUGACCGAGUGUGUGCAACGUGGAGAACGAAGGUACAAGGAAUUGUUCAAACAAGCAAUCAUUGGGGCUGUUGUUCUGACUGACUAUAAUAAUCGGACAUACCGUGUGGAUGAUGUGGAUUUUGAUGUUACUCCAAGUAGCACAUUUGAACUUCGCAGAGGAGAACAGGUCUCGUACAUAGAUUAUUACCUAAGGAAAUACCAGAGGAAGAUAUACAGUGUGGACCAGCCGCUGCUGGUCACACGUACAAAGGCCAGAGAACAGCGGGCUGGACAAGAUGAAUUUGUUUACCUUGUGCCAGAGCUAUGCCGAAUGACUGGCUUGACUGAUGAGAUGAGAGGUAAUUUCAAUGUGAUGAGGGAUCUUGCUGAACAUACACGCGUUGGUCCUCAGGGUAGGAUGGAUAGACUUAACGCUUUCAACAGACGUCUCCUGAAAGAGCAAAAUGUGCGUACAGAUCUACUUGAAUGGAACAUGAGGCUGGCUGACAAACUGAUUGAAUUCCAAGGUCGUGUUCUUCCACAGGAGAAGAUACUGCAAGGAGGUCAUCAAGGUCAAGAAGUAAAGUAUGAUGCUGGACCACUUACAGACUGGACGAAGGAGUUGCGUAGUAACCCAAUGUUGGUCAUACCUGCACUGAACAAUUGGGUUGUGAUCUGCCCAAACAGAUUGAGAAGAGAUGCUCAGAAUUUUGUAUCCACGUUGGUUCGUGCUGCUCAGGGCAUGAGAUUUGUCAUUCCACAACCAUAUUUCUGUGAUAUUCCAGAUGAUCGUGCAUCAUCAUUUGUCCAAGCAUUGGAGCAGGUCAUUUCAAGCAGAGACCCGCAAAUGAUAAUGUGUAUUGUUACAAACAAUCGCUUGGACCGUUACGCAGCAAUAAAGAAAAAGUGUUGCGUAGACAGAGCAGUGCCAACUCAAGUUAUUGUGGCAAGGAGCUUAACUGCAAAGAGCGUAAUGUCUAUCGCUACAAAAGUGGCGAUCCAAAUGUCCUGCAAAAUUGGGGGGGCUCCUUGGACGGUAGAAAUACCACUCAGUGGCUUGAUGGUGGUUGGGUUUGAUGUUUGUCAUGACACCACCACUAAAGAAAAGUCAUAUGGAGCGUUGGUGGCGUCCCUGGACAAACCGUUCAGCCGGUAUUUUUCAGCUGUGUCGGCGCACACAACUGGUGAAGAGUUAAGCAAUUACUUAACUUCAAAUAUAGCCAAGGCUCUUCACAAGUACAAGGAAUAUAAUGGAGGUGCUCUUCCACAGAGAAUAGUUAUAUACAGAGAUGGGGUAGGUGAGGGCCAAAUCCCUUAUGUGUACAAGCAUGAGGUUGAACUCUUGAAGGAGCGCCUGAACAUCAUGUAUGGUAGCCAGCCAGUCAGGAUGGCAUUUAUUGUUGUAACAAAGAGGAUUAACACCAGGUUGUUCCUCGGCAAUGGAAACCCUCCCCCUGGCACUGUUGCCGAUGACUGCAUAACUAUGCCAGAAAGAUAUGAUUUCUUCCUGGUGUCUCAGUCGGUACGACAGGGCACUGUGAGCCCAACUUCAUACAAUGUGAUUAGUGAUAAUGUGGGGCUGGAUCCAGAUAAGCUUCAGCGGCUUACCUACAAACUUACUCAUCUUUACUUCAAUUGGAGUGGAACUGUGCGAGUGCCUGCUCCUUGUCAGUAUGCCCACAAGCUGGCAUAUCUGGUGGGCCAGGCCCUUCACAAUGCUCCUAGCUCAAGACUGGAAGACCUGCUCUAUUUUCUGUAGCACCCAGGAAAGAUCUGUUACCCACUCGUCAGGACAGUUUUAUUGGUGUGGAUGUAUUUCUGUUCCAGUCAGUUUUUGAUCUGCUUAAUUCCAUUACUUCAGUUAUUUAAUUAGUUCACUUAAUUAAGGAGCUUAAAACUUUCCAUACCGUGUAGUGCCUGCUCCUUGUCAGUAUGCCCACAAGUUAGAAUAUCUGGUGAGCCAGGCCCUUCACAAUGCUCCUAGCUCAAGACUGGAAGACCUACUCUAUUUUAUGCAGCACCCAGGAAAGAUCUGUUACCCACUCGCCAGGACAGUUUCAUUGGUGUGGAUGUAUUUCUGUUCCAGUCAGUUUUUGAUCUGCUUAAUUCAAUUACUUCAGUUAUUUAAUUAGUUCACUUAAUCAAGAAGCUUAAAACUUUGCAUGCAGUUUAGUGUAUUAGAAUAUAAAAUAAGCAAACAAACUAUUAACACUAUAAAUGGCACUAGUGUCAUUUAUAGUUUGUCUGUUUGCUUAUUUUAUAUUUUAAUCAAGGAAGCUCAUUUUGUAUGUUUGUGAUAUGCACAGUACAAAUAGCUGAUAUGUUAAAACAGCCGUUUCCACAGCAUUGUUUUGGAUAUGGCUUUUCCAUACAUAUUUUACGUUCUGUUCUGUUCUGUUCUGUUCAAAGAGAUAAUGUUUCUAAGAGAAAUAAACAACUAUUUUUUUUGUACUUUUAUAAAUUUAUAUAAAAGUUUGAAGUUUCA